AUGUAUGCUGAGAAGAUCAAUAAUGCAAGGAAUAAGACAAAACUUUUGUAUAACGAGCUCCAAAACGUCAAACUUUCUACCCAAGAUUCAACUUUUUUUGAUGCAGCAUCAUCCUCAAUUCCGUUCCUUAGAGGGCAUUCAAUAAAGUUAAGAAAUUAUGUAACUCUCAAGGGUCAUUUUGACAAAGUUGUAGACCUUCGUUGGACUGAUGACUCGUCCGGUAUAAUUUCACUUUCUCAGGAUGGUUUCAUAAUAAUAUGGGAUCCUGUCACAGGUUACAAAAAACAUGCAAUUCCUUUACAAAAUCAAUACUCUUUAACCUGCGCAAUUUGUCCUAAUAACCGGUACGUUGCGUCAGCAGGGUUGGACAAUGCAUGCACCAUAUAUCAAAUACACCAGGACAAUUCUUCUAACAUAAAAGCAAUAUUAAAAGGCCACUCAGCUUAUAUUUCAGACACGAUGUUCCAUCAUAAUGGGAAUUACGCAAUAACUGGGUCCGGUGACAUGACUUGUAUUUUAUGGGAUUGCAAUCGUGCUUUCAAAGUAAGGGAGUUCGUAAAUCAUGUAGGUGAUGUUUUAUGUUUGGGUGCGAAUGAAAAAUUCAACCCUAACUGUUUCGCAUCUGGUUCAGCAGAUGGAACAAUAAAGUUUUGGGAUGCUAGGCAGCAGAGGGAGGCGCAAUCGUUUCAUGUAUCUAAGCUGGACGUAAACACGAUGAAAAUGUUCCCUGGAGGAAAUUCCUUCGUGACAGGAUCGGAUGAUGGAGUAGUUAGGCUAUUUGAUUUGAGAGCCGAUUGCCUUAUGGCCGAGUACUCUCUAAGGGACCAGCUAGAAUCUUCUAUGUAUCAGCAGCCCAAUUCGCCGUAUUCCGAAAAUGUGACAAAUAGCGCUCUUCAGGCAAGACAGAACAGUAGAGGUAGUAUGAAUCUGGCGGAAUCCUACAAUCGGGCCCAGGCAAAUUUGUAUACGCCGGGGGUAAACUCUGUAGACUUUAGUGCUCUGGGUCGCUUAGUUUUUUCCUGUUACGCGAACUAUGGCUGCAUUAUUUGGGACCUUCUCAAGGGAGAACCAGUAGGCUCUUUAAGCAAUCAUAGUAGCAAAGUUAGUAAAGUAGUAACUAGUAAUGAUGGAAUAGGAGUUGCCACUGCACUGUGGGACUCUAAAAUCAAGAUUUGGACAGCUUAA